AUGUCUGGACAGGAUACAGACCAACCUAUCGAUACCAACAUGGAACAAGAGGAAGACCAAAAGCAGGAGCCAGAGGACAGCUUCUUUGUCCCACUAGAUGUUCUAGUUAUGGUGAAGACCUCCCAGAACCAGAAUGGUCUCAGAAGCAAUGAUUACUACAGAUAUUACAAAUAUUGCUCAAGGAAAAUCCACAGGUUGAGAAAAGCAGCCAAAUUAACCCAAGGAAGGCGUAAAUUCGUAAAGAACGAAGUCACCGCAGAGAAAGUCAGAGAAAAUGAGAGAGGUGUCCAAAUCCCUCUCUUCACUGCAGAGAGGGACUGGGCCAACGCCAUGUUUCUCAAGCAGCAACUUACCGAAAAUGGGGAUGAGUGCAGCAGAAAUAAGCAUACUGCCAGAAAGAAAAUGAGAAGGGCUUACCAACAAGCUCAAAUCUUCUAUGGAAUCAUUAAAGAAUUAUGGGAUCCUCAAACAACUCUUGAAGCUGAAGCAUACCUUGAUUCCAUUAAAGCAAGUCUUGAUGUAGAAUGCUCUAAUUAUAAGGAAGCUUUGGAUGCAUUCCUGAGAACAAAUGUUAUCUACAAACACAUUUCUAGAUCAAAGGACGCCCUCAAGGCUGCAAUUUAUAGUGAAAAACUUGAGCAGAUCGAGCCUCUCAUCAGACUUUGCACCUACAAUAUCUCAAAAGAGACUGAUGAAGACCUCUCAAACCUCGAGGAGCUUGAGAAAAAGCUGGAUGCUGAAGAGAAAUUAUCUCAAAAAGUGGAAGAGUCUCUUUCAGGUGGUAGAAGAGACAACAAUGAAGAGCUCAUAAACAUCACUUAUCAAGGGAAAUCAAUUCCUCUAAAAACACAGAAAUUGAAGAGCUCCUUUGCAAAGCUAGAGUCAGGCCAAGCUGAGCUUGAAAAGGUGCGUAAUAGUGACGAUUUAUCUCUCAAAGAUAAGGUAGAUAGCUAUACUCACCUACUUCACAUAAUUGAGGGAUGUAUUGUAGUCAUCCAGAAAGAAAAAGGAGAAGAGAUCAAAAAGAGUGAAGCCUCAGGAACUCUGUACAACCUUUUACUUGGCUAUGUUAACUCUAUUAAGAACAACAGCAUUCUUGAAAGAUGCCUUCUUAAGGCAUUCGCCAAUGCUGAAAAUAUCCCUUUAGCACAAGUUUUCACAAAGCAAAAGCUCAAGGCUGCUCAAAGACCCCAAUUAGUCAUGAAAUUAUUUGAUAAGGCACUUAGAGCACUGAAGAAGAUUUCUCAAGAGAAUGACGCUUUGAGCCCAGAUAAGCUAAACGAGUAUCAGCAUAGAGAAAUGAUCAUUCAAGUGUAUUUGAAGUUUUAUAUAUCUGUUCAUUAUGCCAAUGAGAAAAGAUACCGCCAUUCAUUCCUCGUCAUUAAAAGAACAAGAGAAGAAGCUCAAAGAUGUUUCGAAUAUGCUCAAAGUGAUGCUACAAAGCAAGAAAUCGAGGAACUAAAAAUCUUCAAUGAGAACCAAAUCGAAUAUGUCCUUUGCAAGACCCAAGCAGUCAUGAUGCUGGAACAGCAAAAAGAAGUCGAUGAGCUUGGCGAAGACUUAGGAAAUCUUGAACUUGCCGAUAAGCAAAAGCAAUACACAGAUAAUAUCCUCAACAUCGCAGAAUGGCUUUUUGAUGACAAUGGCAACUUGAAGGAUAUUUCUGCUGCUAAAAGUAUAAAAACUGAGCUAAUCGAUGGAAACAUGAAUAUCCUCAACACUGGAGGCAAGAACGUGCUGUUCCUGGAAGAUUAUGAUGAGAACAACAUUGAUGAACUACUCAGGAAGAAGAUAAAGAUUAACAAAAAAUCUAAGAUCAUUGAUCUCUCAAGUAAACUCCAACCAGUGAUGCCAAAGCCAUUCUUGUUCGAUAUCGCAGGAGAUGGAAUCGAAUACCCUGAAAUUUCAUCUACUAUCAAGGAGAUUGAGAGCAAAGCCAGCCAAGGAUCAAGUCUUCUGGGAAGAAUCAAAGGAGCCUUCUUUGGAUAAAUUCAUCUAUAGAACUCUUCAAGUAUUUA